CGGGCUGGGACCCCCGACCCGGAAGCAGUGCCGCAGUCCCCGGUGGCGGAGGCAGGAGCGCGGACGCCGGAGCAGCCAUGUCGGACAACGAGGACAAUUUUGAUGGAGAUGACUUCGACGAUGCAGAUGAAGAUGAAGCGAUGGAUGAUUUGGAUAACGUGGAGGAGGAAGACCGCGAAAACGUUGAGAUUCUUCCCGCGGCAGACGGGCAGCAGGCCAACCAGAAACGGAUCACCACAUCCUACAUGACCAAGUAUGAGAGAGCUCGAGUACUGGGAACACGGGCUCUGCAGAUAGCAAUGUGUGCCCCAGUCAUGGUUGAGCUGGAAGGAGAGACGGACCCACUGCAGAUCGCGAUGAAAGAGCUGAAGGCUCGGAAAAUCCCAAUCAUUAUCCGACGAUAUUUGCCGGAUGGAAGCUAUGAGGAUUGGGGAGUGGAUGAGCUGAUAAUCGCAGACUGACCUUUGCUGCCCCAUUAAUUACUUCGCACACGUUUUCUCUAUUUAAAUGUAGUUAUUUUUUUAUUCCAGAUUUUUUUGUAAAAUAAACAGUGAUUUCUGUUGA